AUGGCCAUAAACCUAGCCAAAUUUCUCAUACUGUUUUUCACUAUUUCGAUCUGCAACGCCGUCACGAAUCCAAGUCCGAUUUCCGAUUCUCACUGUUCCGCUGCUUUACAACUCUUCGAUGGUUCCUCUUCAAGGUCGAUGGUUCCUCUUCCAGGAAGUGCCAAGGACUUCUUCAAUCAAAUUGAAUCAUUAGCUCUUCUGGAGAGCAAAAGGGUUCCCGUCCCAUUAGUGUUGUCACUUCCUGCAACAGUUUAUUCAUUAUCCAAAAAAGAUCAGCUCAAGGUUACAGUGAAUACAGUACUUGGUUCAGCCGCACCACCUCUUACAGUUAAGCUUGUCAGAGCUUUCCACGCUGAUGCUAAACAUUCUGCUGUUAUCGAGGGCAAGGAACUCCAGUACGAUCAAAGUAGUGGACUUCAUGUCAUGGGCUUCCCAGAUAAUGUGGAUGUGGGAACAUAUGUGUUUGUUUUUGAGACAGCGCUUCAUGAUUCAGGUAGUGAAAAUGAUUAUGCUAUUGGAGGCCAAAUUCACGUGCCGAUAUAUGUCACUGGCAUUGUUAAAGUUAGCAACGCAGAAAUUGCAGUUCUUGGCAGUGAUCUUGGAAGUGAUGAAACCCAGAAAACGCUAGAUUUGGCUGGAACUGAUGUUGUUUCACUCUCAGCUAACCAUCUUCAAAAGUUGCGUUUUUAUUUUCAGUUGAUAACGCCUCAUGGCCAUACCUUUAAGCCUCGCCAGGCAUUGCUUAAGUUGAAGCAUGAGACAAAGUAUGAACACAUCUUUGUGGUCAGAAAUACCGGCAAGAAGUUCGAGAUUAUUCUCGAUUUUCUUGGCUUGGUGGACAAAUUUUAUUAUCUCUCGGGCAGAUAUGAUUUUGAGUUGACUGUUGGUGAUGCUGUCAUGGAGAACUCUUUCUUGCGGCCACUUGGUCAUUUGGAAUUAGAUCUUCCAGAAGCACCUGAGAAAGCAGUGCAUCUUCCCCCACUACCUUCCAGAAGCUCUUUUGAGAAUUGCUGUGAAGAACGCGAGGUUAAGAAGAAGAAUGGAAGUUGGAUGAGUAAAGCAGGAAGAAGCAAAGAACCUGAUUACGUUCCCCAUGUUGUGGCUCAAAUGAAGGCUUCUUAUUUGCAUUAUUAUGAUUUAACCGGCCAGAAUUGUAUGGACUCCUCUACCGUGAAAGAGUUUGUUUUAUUUUCUAUAAAGCUCGGGCAAAGUGAUGCUCAGGACGCCGACUAUCAGCCAAAAGACGAGCUUGCUGCUAUUGACGUCAAAAUACCUAAAGCUAUCAGUUUCAUUAACAAUCAACAUCAUAGCAGUUGCCACAGUGAUAGUCAUGACAUUGUCCAUGCAACGGUUGUGCUCCCAGGCGGGGUUCAUAGUUUUCCAAGUAAAGGCGGACCUUCAUCACUACUUGAGCGAUUAUCAAUUCGAUCUUUUUGUUCAGGGGAACAAACACGAUACGUGCCCAGCAUUCAGCUUAACCCCUUAGAAAAUGGUAUGAGUUCUGUAGCCUUUGACUCGUCGCUCUCACUUUUGCAAGCAUUCGCCAUUUGCAUUGCAUUAGUUGAUAGCAAGAUGCCAUGUGAGCUUUCUAGAACAAGAAAGUCGCAAACCGAGGAACUAAAGGCUUUUGGUAAAUUAGAAGAUAUUCCUACAAGUUAUGUUUCUAAUCCACCAGUUUCUCCUGUUGGUAGGGUCUAA